AUGGCGGAGUAUGGUGUUUCGUUCGCAAAGGGUUGUUCUUUAAAUGAUGCACUGGCUAUGCUGGAGGAGGAGGAAGAUAUGAUAGAGCACGUUGAGUCAUUGACUAUUUCUCCUCCCGAAAAUGCCACGGAUUCUCAAACUGAUGAAGAUUCUGGUGACGAAGAUAUGCUUACCAUAAAUAAUCUACCUGCUAAACAGCUUAGAGCGCCUGUUGAAAUAAAUUUUCAUAAAUAUAAUACAAGGCAAAACAUUUCCUCUAAUUCCUCUAAUUCCUCUAAUCUAAAAGAUGACAAAAAUGCCCCAUCAGUGGAAGAAUAUGAAACGCCAUCAAAGAGAAAAAAACAAUAA